UCCUGUUCAAUGGAAUAGUCCUUCCCCUUUGUUCUCACAAAGCUUUGACCUUUGCCAUACACGUAGUCCUUUUUCUGCCACUCUUGGACAUGGAUGUCAUCAAGGAUAGCCAUCAGCACUUUUGAUAAUAACUUCUCUUUGAAUGCUUCCUGUUUCUCAUCUCUCUAGCUUCUAACUGUCAUCACAGCCAUAUCUCACUCUCCAGCCUGAUGUCAAAAGCAAAAGUUCAGAAAUUCCUAAUAAAUCAGGAGUCCUCGGGAGCAGGUGAAGUUCACCCAGAACUAGGUAUACCUAUGAUGUGGCUGUUUUUAACAGUAGUUUAUUUGAUUUGUGGAACUUUAAGUGCUAGUGGAUUCGUGGAUUUGGAAAAUAAAAUAAAUCCUGAAGUGUGGAUGAAUGCUAGUGAAAUCAUCACAUACAAUGGCUAUCCCAGUGAAGAGUAUGAAGUCAUCACUGAAGAUGGUUACAUACUUGCCAUCAACCGAAUUCCCUAUGGGAGAAGACAUACUGGGUGCUCAGGCCCUCGGCCAGUUGUAUAUCUGCAGCAUGCCCUGUUUGCAGAUAAUGCAUACUGGCUUGAGAAUUAUGCCAAUGGAAGCCUUGGGUUCCUCUUAGCAGAUUCAGGUUACGAUGUAUGGAUGGGAAACAGUCGAGGGAACACUUGGUCAAGAAGACAUAGAACACUCUCUGCAAAUGAAGACAAAUUCUGGGCUUUUAGUUUUGAUGAAAUGGCCAAAUAUGAUCUCACAGGAGUAAUAGAUUUCAUUGUAAAUAAAACUGGUCAGGAGAAGCUAUAUUUCAUUGGACAUUCACUUGGCACUACAAUAGGGUUUGCAGCCUUUUCCACCAUUCCUGAACUGGCACAAAGAAUCAAAAUGAAUUUUGCCUUGGGUCCUGUGGCCUCUUUCAAAUAUCCCACGAGUAUUUUUAGCAGUUUUUUUCUGCUUCCACAGUCCGCAAUCAAGGCUAUGUUUGGUACCAAAGGUUUCCUUUUAGAAGAUAAAAGUUUAAAGAUAUUUGUUACCAAACUCUGUAACAACAAAAUACUCUGGCUGACAUGUAGUGAAUUUCUGUCCUUAUGGGCUGGAUUCAACAAGAAAAAUAUGAACAUGAGUCGAAUGGAUGUAUAUAUGUCCCAUGCUCCCACUGGAUCAUCAAUACAGAACAUCCUGCAUAUAAAACAGCUUUACCAAGCUGAUGAAUUCAGAGCAUAUGACUGGGGAAAUGAAGCUGAGAACAUGCAGCACUACAAUCAGAGUCAGCCUCCAAUAUAUGACCUGACUGCUAUGAAGGUGCCCACUGCUAUUUGGGCUGGUGGAAAAGAUGUCCUUGUAACACCCCAGGAUGUGGCCAGGAUACUCCCUCAAAUUGGAAAUCUCUGUUACUUUCAAAUGUUGCCAGACUGGAACCAUGUUGAUUUUGUCUGGGGCCUCGAUGCCCCUCAACGUGUGUACAAUAAGAUCAUAGCUUUGAUGAAGGACCAUCUCUAAAUGUAGAAUGUCUACUUUUCAGUUAAAAUUUUCUUUCAAGCCCACAAGAGGGAAAAUACUAAUGAACAAUGAGAUCUACCCCAGCACCCUUCUUGCUAUUGCUGAGACAUUUCCUUAUCUUAGCAUCUCAACUAGAGAUUGUUUCAAUACUGUUUCUCUUCUAGGAAAUGUCUGCAUCUGAAAUCUGGGGAUCUUACCCCCUCAGUUAGGGCUAGGACCUAUUUUAAUCCAAGGUCUAGUAAUCACUUCCCUGAUAAAUGUAUAAUUGAGAGAGCAGUUAAAAGGGGAUUUUUUCUCUCUCUGAUAUAUAUAUACAUAUAUAUAUAUAUGAUAUAUAUACAUAUAUA